AUGUUGGAGAGUGGUGGUUUCUUUUACCAUCCAACUGUUUUUGCAUUUAAAAGGCAUUUUGGGACUUUUCGUUCUCAAUCUCAUAAACUACUUUCUUCAACCCCACCCCCAGUCUCGUCCAGGUCCCUUCCCACCACAUCUAUUAUUGAUCCUUGUCCCCUUUCAGUACUCCUUCAUAACCCAUGCUCAUUCUGGUCCUCUUAUACCAUCCCCACAUACAACAUUCUCAAGCUAGAAGUAGAAGUUCACACUCGGCUUUCUUUGUUCACUAAUGAGGAGUUGUUUAUGUAUUGGAAUUGCAGAUUAACUCAAAAGACCAGAGGAUUAAUUAUAAUACGUACCAGGUGA